AUGAACCUUAUUAACUAAAUUCCUCUCAUAGAUCCCGAAAACAGAUGGGCAUUGGCAAAAAACCUACUUAGAAGCCUGCUUUUGGGCAGUUAAUACUAUGAUGAAGUAUGGAGAAAAACCUUAGACAUCUAUAGAGUUUGGUUUUACGAGUUUUUGUACUCUAUUGUACUGUAUAGUAUUUGGGUAUAUGAUGAAUUCCAUAAGUUAGGUGCUAUAGGAGAUAAAUAAAUCUAAAAAAGACUAUAAGAAGGAUUUAAAUAUAGUAUUUAUCUUAUUAUUACUGGUUCAAAUUUAAUAAAAAUAUGA